CUCUUUCACACUCUCACUCUCUCUCUCUUUCUCUUCUCGGAUAUUUUCCUGAGAUCGAAAUGGCGGGAGUCCUCCUAUCCCUCCCCUCCACUCCCCAAUUCCGACCCUUCCGCCCCCUCCACACCGCCACCCCCCGCCGACUUUGCCCCUUGCGCACCAGAAUCGUCGCCGACUUCCCCCCACCGUCUCUCCGGUACCGGAACCGGCCGCCGACAUCUGACGACAACAACCCAAUUCGCAGCUUCUACGAGAGAGAAAAGCCCCUUCCCCUCCAUCUCUGCCGCGCUGGAGCGGGUGUGAUCAACGAUGGAAACAACCCCACCAAAUUCCUCGGCAUCGAGGUUUCGACGCUGAAGAAGAUCGUCCCCCUGGGCGUCAUGUUCUUCUGCAUCCUGUUCAACUACACCAUUCUAAGGGACACCAAGGACGUGCUGGUCGUCACCGCAAAAGGGAGCAGCGCCGAGAUCAUCCCCUUCUUGAAGACGUGGGUGAACUUGCCCAUGGCGAUAGGGUUCAUGCUCCUAUACACCAAGCUCUCCAAUGUGUUGUCCAAGGAGGCCCUCUUCUACACUGUUAUCUUCCCCUUCAUCGCCUUUUUUGGGGCCUUUGCCUUCGUUUUGUACCCGCUUAGGGAUGUUAUCCACCCCACAGCGCUAGCCGAUAGGCUUUUGGCGAAGCUAGGCCCGAGCUUUCUCGGGCCCGUCGCGAUCCUGAGGAUCUGGAGCUUCUGCUUGUUCUACGUGAUGGCGGAGCUUUGGGGGAGUGUGGUGAUCUCGGUGCUCUUUUGGGGUUUUGCUAAUCAGAUUACUACUGUUGAGGAAGCAAAAGAAUUCUAUCCUUUGUUUGGGCUUGGAGCUAAUGUGGCCCUAAUCUUCUCAGGUCGCACUGUAAAGUACUUUUCUAACUUGAGAAAGAAUUUGGGGCCCGGUGUUGAUGGUUGGGAGAUAUCACUGAAAGGAAUGAUGAGCAUUGUAGUGCUGUUGGGUCUUGUUAUUUCCGCAAUCUACUGGGCAGUUAACAAAUUUGUUUUGAAUGAUCCUUCUCUUCCAAGAACAGUACGCAGAAAGAAGGACAAACCUAAACUAGGUAUGGGUGAGAGUCUGAAAUUUUUGAUAUCUUCUAGAUAUGUGAGGGAUCUUGCCACACUGGUGGUGGCCUACGGUAUAAGUAUUAAUCUUGUUGAAGUCACGUGGAAAUCGAAGCUCAAAGCACAGUUCCCAAGCCCUAACGAAUAUUCUUCUUUCAUGGGUGAUUUUUCUACUGCUACUGGUAUAGCAACUUUCAUGAUGAUGUUGUUGGGCCGAGUUAUACUUAGAAAAUUCGGCUGGGGGGUUGCAGCCAUGAUCACUCCAACAGUUCUACUUAUCACUGGAGUUGGGUUUUUCUCACUAAUUUUAUUUGGCGAACCAUUGGUUCCUAUUCUAGCUAAGUUUGGCAUGACUCCUCUACUUGCGGCAGUUUAUGUGGGUGCAAUGCAGAAUAUUUUCAGUAAGAGCGCCAAAUAUAGUUUAUUUGACCCUUGCAAGGAGAUGGCUUACAUUCCUUUGGAUGAAGACAUGAAGGUUAAGGGGAAGGCCGCCAUUGAUGUUGUGUGCAACCCCUUGGGAAAAUCAGGAGGCGCAUUAAUACAACAAUUCAUGAUUUUGACAUUCGGGUCCCUUGCAAAUUCAACUCCUUACCUUGGAGGCAUACUUCUUGUGAUUGUUCUUUCAUGGUUGAGUGCCGCAAGGUCCUUAGAUAAACAAUUUUCUUCAUUAGCUAAGCAGGAGCUCAAGAAGGAGAGAAUGCUCAAAGAGAAAGUAGAAAAUGCAGUUUUGGGUGCAAAGGAGGAGUUAAAGGAGAAGGAAAAUGGUUCUCUGCAUGAAUCAUUAGCUAUUAGUGAGAAUUUAUCAAACGGGUUGUUACCAGCGAAGCAGGAGUCAGCUGAUGAAUCAGAGAAUUCAUCAGAAACCCCCACCCGCAAAGCUAAGUGAGUUAUUUUCAUAGGUAAUUUUGUGCAGGCAAGUUGAUAGGAAUCAUUAGAAUUUAUCUGUUCAGCUAUCUCGCUUUACUAUUUGAAAAUUACAUUACAGGAACAACUAUGCAGUUAUUUCAUUUGGCUUUAAUCUUAGAAAAUAGGUCUGGCCUGUUCUCCUAAAUAUUGUUUCUAAACUAUGUAGUCUAUAUUGUAUUUUUAGUUUCCAAUUUAGCUCAUGAAAGCAUAGAACUAGUCCGAUUCAUAGUUCUAAAUUCCGAUAGAAAAAAAAAAUACAUUGCUGUGCUAUUUUAUGUAAUCAUGUUAUAAAACCUUUAUGCUAAUUUUGAUCCAUUAGAAGUGUCUGGAAGUUGUGCAGGCAAAUGCUUUUUCUAGAGGAUUCUCA